AUGAACGUAAAGAAACCACAGGUGCGUGCAACUUGGAAAGCGUGUCAUUUUUUAUGGCCAAAUAGUUAUAACGCUGGGCCGACGCAGAUAAAAAUCGAGCCGUUCAGGCAUCCUAUCAGCGUCGACCCGCAGUAUGCAGAUAAGACGUGGAAGGUCCUUGAGGAUGCCAUCCGGGAAAUCCACAACCAGAACGCCAGCGGCCUGAGCUUUGAGGAGCUUUACAGGAAUGCGUACAACAUGGUGCUGCAUAAGUACGGCCCGCGCCUCUAUGACGGGCUCAUUGUCACGCUGAGUUCGCACCUUACCGACAUAGCCAGCAAAGUCGAGGGGAAGGAGGGUUCUCCUUUCCUCAAGGAGCUGAAGAAGCGAUGGGAUGAGCACAACAAGUCUACGCAAAUGAUCCGCGACAUUCUCAUGUACAUGGACAGGACGUUUGUCGUGCAACAGCAAAAGACGCCAGUGUUUGCGCUGGGUCUGGAGCUGUGGCGGGAUGUGGUGGUUCGCAACCGGAAAAUUUCAGAGCGGCUGCUCUCGAUCCUGAUGCAAUUGAUAACGAAGGAGCGUCAGGGCGAGGUGAUUGAGCGUGGGCUUAUUAAGUCCGUGACUCAGAUGCUGGUGGAGCUGGGGCAUCAAGUGUAUGUGGAGGACUUUGAAAAGCCCUUCCUGGCGGCAGCGGCCGAGUUCUACCGGACUGAGGCACACGCUUUUAUUACCACAUCAGAUUGCCCUGACUACCUUCGCAAGGCGGAGCAGCGGCUGCACGAGGAGCAGGAGCGCUGUGCAGCUUACUUGGAUGCUAGUACAGAGCCUAAGAUUACGCGGGUAGUGGAGGCGGAGUUGCUCAAGAGCCAGAUGACGGCGUUGUUGGAGAUGGAGAACAGCGGUCUCAUCGCAUUGUUGCGGGACGACAAAUACGACGAUCUGUCGCGGCUUUAUUGCCUUAUGCGGCGAGUUGACCAUGGCUUGGCGACGGUGCGCAGUAUGCUGUGCGAACACGUCAAGGACGUGGGUCGCGCGCUGGUGACGGAUCCCGAGCGCACCAAGGACCCGGUGGAGUACGUGCAGGCGCUGCUUGACAUGCGGGACAAGUACGAGAAGAUCAUCACGCAGGCACUCGAACUACGUACCCGACUACUGCCCAAUUCAUUGCAACAGGCUUUUGAGCACUUUGUAAAUCUUAACGUGCGCUCCCCUGAGUUCAUCUCGUUGUUCAUCGACGAUAAGCUGCGGCGCGGCAUUAAGGGGCUCAGUGACACGGACGUGGAGGGCGUCCUGGAUAAGGUCAUGGCGCUGUUCAGGUACCUCCAAGAGAAGGAUGUGUUUGAAAAGUACUAUAAGCAGCACCUUGCCAAGCGCCUGCUGUCGGGCCGAACCACCUCUGAUGACGCCGAGCGUAACCUGCUGGUCAAGCUCAAGACGGAAUGCGGCUACCAGUUCACCAGCAAGCUAGAGAGCAUGUUUACGGAUAUCAAGACCAGCCGGGACACGAUGGCGGACUUCCGAACAAAGCUAGUGGAAAGUGGGCGGCUGGACGAACUGGGCGGAAUCGACUUGCAAGUGCAGGUCCUGACCACGGGGUCAUGGCCCACGCAAACACCCUCCAAGUGCAACUUGCCCCGAGAACUGGAGGCCGCCUGCGAGGCAUUCCGCAACUUUUACCUCACUACCCACAGCGGCCGCCGCCUGACGUUCCAACCGAACAUGGGCACCGCCGACCUGCGCGCCGUGUUUGGGGCCGGCCGCCGCCACGAGCUCAAUGUGUCUACGUACCAGAUGUGCAUCUUGCUGCUCUUCAACGAGCAGGACUCGCUGAUGUACCGGGAGAUUGCACAGGCUACGGAGAUCCCGACAACCGACCUGAAGCGCGCGCUUCAGUCGCUAGCGUGCGUUAAGGGCCGUAACGUGCUUCGAAAGGAGCCGGCCUCCAAGGAUGUGCUGGACACGGACGUGUUCUACUUCAACGACAAGUUCACAUCCAAGCUCAUUAAGGUCAAGAUUUCCACUGUCGCUGCCACCAAGGAAGGCGAGAGCGAAAAGGCGGAGACGCGGCAAAAGGUGGAGGAGGAUCGCAAGCCGCAAAUUGAGGCUGCUAUCGUGCGCAUUAUGAAGGCCCGGCAGCGGCUCGACCAUAACACCAUUAUUACGGAGGUCACCCGCCAGUUGUCUGCCCGCUUCGUGCCCAACCCGGCCACCAUCAAGAAGCGCAUUGAGAGCCUCAUCGAACGAGAGUUCCUCGCCCGCGAUGAGAAUGACCGGAAGUUUUAUACCUACGUGGCAUGAGGGCCGGAAGGGCAGAUGCUAUGCUGUGCUCUUGCCGUGCUGAAUGAGGGCGCGCCAUACGAUGCGCCGUCAUGGGUGGCAGCCACCUGAGCGCCAAUUGCAUCAACGCACCUUGUCCUACACCUGCGACCAAGCACCUCUGCCAGGCAUCUCGCAGCCUAGGUAAGCUUGGAGUCUCCGUAUGUACCUGGGUACCGGUCGCCGGGCUGCGUUAUGAAAGUGUCCGGUCUCACGCGUUUGGACAGGGCCUGACAUCUCGUGCUUAGCCUCGCGCAUGGACUGGUGCCAGGCUUGAUGGCCAUGAUCGGAAUAUCUUUCGCUGGGAUUGAUCUGGACGGUGUGGAGACCGACAUGCGGAAGAUUUGUGAGGGUUUCGGGAAUGCAUGCAACUGGCAUCUGCACGAUUCGGGGCCGGAUUCCUUGCCAUGGAACAGCCUGU